UUUGUUUUCAUUUUUGUUUUGUUGCUUUUAUCUUAUUAUGAUAUUUUCAUCUUGUUACCAAAUAUGGCUCCCUGAAGAGUGAUUUCCUGUUUCUGUGUCACAUGGUUUCUCCACUGCCCCGCCCCUUUAGUAGACUAGAGGCAGAUCCCCUUCCACUCACUGAAAGGGACAAGUGUAACAUGGUUUACAUACGUAUAUUUUGCCUUAAAGUCACUCAAAUAAACACGGGAGUCAUCUCCAACCUGUUCAUGCCUUAAGCGAGAAAGUCAUAUUUCAAAAAACACAGAAAACAAAAUAAUGUUAGCUACCUGUAAAAUUGCAUUACUAUUUUAUUUAGACCUUAUUAUCCUACUUUCAUCAGGCCACACGACAUUCUCAACCCUCUCAAUGCUCACUUACGUUUGUAUAAACAGGAUCUUCAUUGUUACAUCAUUUUCAACUUGUUUUGUUAUUUUUGUCUUUUCAGCUUUUCUGUCAUUUACAUCAUUUACAUCGUUUCUAUCGUACGUGUCCCUUUGUUUAUGAACACUAUGAUGUUACACUUUUGAUGAUGGCAUUUUUACGUCAGGAUAAUGUCAGUAAUAGCCAACGUGCUUUAUGAACUGACCCCCCCCCACAGGUCCAUCCUGUCCAGAUGCUGUUACCAUAGCAACAUGACCCUGAACACGCAGAGAGAGAAGGAACCUCUGCGGCGUCGAGGCAGUACGCCUCUUCCACCUGCCCACUUCUACCACCACCCGUCCUGGAGUCGAGACCGCCGGGCCCCUGAGCCGGACCAGGAGCAGCCCCAGCCGCAGCCUGGUCCAAAGCCCCACCCCCAGCGCAGCCACCCUCCUCUGGGACAGUCGGCAUCCUACCACCCAGGAGACAAAUCCCUCCAUUACCGUGCCCACUGGAGCUCCGACUCGGACGAUGACUCGCAGAGCGACUCGGACUGUGUUUACAGAGUGGUGUUGCUAGGCGACCAGGGCGUGGGGAAGACAAGUCUAGCAGGAAUCUUUGCUGGAAUCACGGAGAAAGAUGACCAGCCUGGAGGUGAGAUGACUCCUUCAGAGGAUACAUAUGAGCGAACGUUGACAGUAGAUGGAGAGGAAACCACGCUCAUGGUCAUGGAUACCUGGGAGAACGACAAGCCGGAGGAAGAGGGCGGGUCAUCUGAUGACUGUCUGAAGGUUGGCAGUGCAUACGUCAUCGUCUACUCUGUCACCGAUCGCUCAAGCUUUGACUUGGCCUCUGAGCUGCGCAUCACGCUACGACGCACCCGCCAGGCCGACAACCUUCCUAUCAUCCUCGUGGGCAACAAGAGUGACCUGGUCCGGUCCAGAGAGGUGGCAGUGGAAGAAGGCCGAGCUUGUGCAGUCGUCUUCGAUUGUAAGUUCAUCGAAACAUCUGCAUCCCUGCAGCACAAUGUGACAGAGCUGUUUGAGGGCGUGGUCAGGCAAAUCCGCCUUCGCCGUGGUGGCAGUAAGGCAAUUCAACGGCGCCACUCUGUCUACAAACGCAAAGAAAGCCUCACCCAAAAAGCUCGGCGCUUCCUGGACCGGCUGGUGGCGCGGAACAACCAGCGGAUGGCGGUCAAAGUGAGGUCCAAGAGCUGCCAUGACCUGGCUGUCCUCUGAAGACACACAGAGACAAACGCACUGUUUCUACAGCAACAAAUGCACCGUUUCUAGGACGCUGAUGUUAACAGUCCAGUGGUUGUCAUGGCAACAGACAGAUGAACUGCAAUGACUUGUUUGAACAUUUAGAAACUUCUCCUGACAAUGAAUAAAAAGACAUUUUAUUCUUUUCUGCCCACUGUCCACAGGUCUGUAACACUGUGCAGAAUAAAAUCUUAAAGGAACACUCCAACAAGUUAACCCAUGAGCUCGUGAAUAAAACAUAGAGUCUAUGCAACAGCAACGUUUUCAUAAUCAUCCUCUCAAUCACGGUGUUGCUCGCCCAACCAUCGCUUCUCUUCAUUGGCUGAGUGGAGAUAAGGUGGAGUCUGAACAGUGUGAUUACAAACAAGUGAGGAACGUUGCAUAGUUCACCUUUAAAAACAAGCUACUUAAGCGUUCACUAUUCAUUUACAGACAUUUCAUGUGCUGAACCAGGAAUAGUCGGGAUUUUGUAUUUGAAAAAAAUGUUCAACUUCUUGGGACCAUGAGUUCACAAUUAAUAAAGGCUGAAUUUCUUAAAAACACCAACAUAUGCUAACUAAUGAUUACAGAUUUACUGAUGUACUUGUACAAAUUUCUAACUCUUGCUGUUGAAAAGGUGGCAUUUCAGUCUGUUCGACCUUCAUUUGGUGAAGUAAAAAGCUACAGUGCAUUCAUUCUCCCAGUAGUUAGAUUAAAUUAUUCAUUAUGUAAGG